AGAGCAGGUGUGGAGUUUACUCUCGUUGGGUGAGAUAGUACAUAACAGACAAACGACGUUUCUUUCACGCUCCAACAUCAGUUAAAAUUGACCAGCUCGUAGUUCUUGCAAGCUAGAAGUUGUCUUCUUCAAUCAACUCUUUUUUACUCCAUUUGAAAAGCUGUCCGUCUCGUGCACAUUCGUCCAUUCAACACUACGGUGGACGCUGCCAAAGAAAACUACUGUAAACAGCCCAUGGCGUUAAUUGUGAACUGGUGGACUCUGGCUUUGAGCGCCUGUCUCGUGCUGACGGUUCGAGCUGAAUGCGGCAGAGAUUGCGCGCUAUGCGUUUAUCGGCUGUUCCGUCAACAGAUAGAAAGUGACACAGUGACCUGCACAUUAGAGUGUGAAGGGACUGUGGACUCCAGAAAGCUGCAAAUCUGCAAAGACAUCCUGACCGAAGAGGAGCGCCUUGCUAUUGACAACCUCAAGCAAGCAGAAGACAGUGCAGACCAUCUGCUCGCCAAGAAAUAUGGUGGCUUCAUGAAGCGUUAUGGGGGCUUCAUGAUUAAGAAGUCAGCAGAGAUUGGUGCUGGAGCCCCAACUGAGAGUGAUGGCACAGAAACCAUUAGUAAGAAAUACGGAGGUUUUAUGAAGAAGAACAAGGCAGAGGGCGGAGCCGAAGACGAACAAGUGAAACUGCUGAGUGAGAUCCUCAGAGUUGGCCUCGGCUCAGAGUUAGAUGACCAAAAUGACGGGGACGUCGUCAAACGCUAUGGGGGCUUUAUGAGGAGCGUACAGGGGAACAGCGAUCUAGAGGAGGCGGGAAGAGACCUGCACAAGCGCUAUGGGGGGUUUAUGCGCAGAGUGGGCAGGCCUGAAUGGUUGGACAACCAGAAAAGCAAUGGGUUUCUGAAACGCACUUGGGAGGAUGGAGGUGAGACAGCGCUGCCUGAAUUGCAGAAGAGAUAUGGAGGAUUCAUGGAUUAGAAUCUGAUCAAGCAGAUUAAAAAAUGGACACCCAUCCUAAACAACCUGUCCCUACUUUGUGUAGAGCUUGCACUGUACCCAUUUCAUGUGAAGCCAUUUUUAAUUUCUAUUUAUUUUGGUCUUUGCUGCUGUAUAUUCCUCCAUAAUGUAAAAUGUAAAUUUCUGUUCUCAGUGAUUAGGGUUUGUGUAAAAACAAUUAAAGAAAAAUAUAUAUAUUCUCCCCUCUGUGCUGUAAAUGCAAUCAUGCAUCAGACAUUUGGUCAAGGGACAUUUGGUAAAGAUAUGGACAUCAGGCAGCUUAAGAUACUCUUUUACACCACAGAGUGUUAUGCGUUCCUCAUUUAAUGAUCUAACCAUUUCUGGGUCACCUCACUAAAAUUACUUUUUACAGUGUUGCUUUGUUUUCUGAAGAUCUCAUCACAUUAGCAGGUCUGCUUCCUUCAUUGCACAUAGUAGGUGAGGUUAAGUGUCCAGUCUACCAUCUGCACUUGAUGUGUUUGAUUAAUACAUUUCUUUUAACAACUGUUCAACAGCUUUUGUUUUUGUUUAAAUCAAUGCAACAUUUCUGAGCUAUUAUCUGUACAGAAUACAAUAAAUUCAUCUUACUGCAGAAGUUAAA